AAAUUGUACAUUUGUAUGCACUCUAGCUCAUGUUGAAUGUCACAUUAUUUACGACGCUAGUAUGUAUUUACAGAGUCAUCGUCGAUUUAGGGAACAAAAAAUAACAAUUGUAGAAUGUACAGCCAUUCCAAAAAUAAUUUUAUGCAAAAGUUAAAAACUUGUUGCAAUUCUGUAAAGUCAACAACAGUAUCAAAAUUAAAAAAUGUAUCUUUAAGACAAUUUUUACAAGCAGAACUUACCCGUGGUUAUCAUUUAGAAAAUGAUAAAGAACAGUUUGUAGCACGAAGGGAAAAAAUUUAUUCUUGCAUGAAAAUACUAAAAGAUGUCGAAAAAUUUAUGACUUAUGGAUUUUUUCAAUGUGCUGAUUCUUUUCUAUUUGUUUACACAUUUCUUCCUAUUAGAUUUCUAAUAGCGUUUUGGGCUAUAAUAAAAAAACCCAUUGAAUUUAUAUGGAAAAGACCUUGUAAGAAAGUAGAUGUUAAGUUUCUGAGACCUGCAGAAACGUGUGAUCUUUUGAAAGGAUUAAUUAUUAUUAUUUGUUCAGUAAUAACUUUGAAAGUCGAUACAUCCAUGAUGUAUCAUUUAGUAAAAAGUCAGUCUAUCAUCAAACUUUACAUAUUUUACAAUAUGUUAGAAGUUGGCGACAGGCUUUUCAGUGCUUUUGGUCAAGAUACUAUUGAUGCUCUUUUCUGGACUGCUACUGAACCAAAGUCUAAGAAAUAUUCUUCUCACUUUUACUAUUUUAGAAUAUUACUUCACUUAUGUUUUGCAGUUGGUUAUGUCUUAUUGCACAGUAUUUUGGUAUUAUUUCAAGCAACUACAUUGAAUGUUGCAAUAAAUAGUAAUAACAAAGCUCUUUUGACUAUCAUGAUGUCUAAUAAUUUUGUUGAGUUAAAGGGUUCUGUAUUUAAAAAGUUUGAUAAAAACAAUUUUUUUCAACUAUCUUGUAGUGAUGUAAGAGAGCGUUUUCACCUAACAAUGUUACUCCUGGCUGUGACAAUGCAAACUAUGAAAGAAUAUGCUUGGCAUCUAGACCGAUUAUUUAUACUUCUUCCAGACUGUACUUUACUAUUAUUAGCGGAAAUUCUCAUAGAUUGGGUAAAACAUGCUUUUAUUACAAGGUUCAACGAAUUGAGUCCAACUAUCUACAAAGAAUACAUUGUCAGUUUGGCCUAUGAUGUUGCACAAACUAGACAAGAAACAGCUUUUUCUGACUCAUCGGAUGUUAUAGCCAGACGCAUGAGUUUUAUUCCUCUUCCUUUGGGAGUAGCAAUAGCUCGAGUUCUUUUUACAACUUUGACUGUAGGGACAAAACCAAUUAAUUUACUGCUUUUAAUCUUAGGAUACUUUAUUCUUGUGUCCUUGAGAAUUCUUAUUAGCUUGUUAAUUUUGGGUUAUACAUGUACUUCCAUUAGUAAUUACACACAAUUAAAUGUGCAUACAAAGAAUACAGUUGAUACGGCUUAUUCAAAAAAACCAUUGGAAGCACUAUUGACAAACAGUUCUGUUUAUAAUAAAAGUUCAGACCCAAACGUAAAGAGUGCGCUCUUGCAUGGAACGAGUUUCAAAGGUAAAACAGAAAAAAUUUUGAUAUCAAAAAACAGAUAUUUUCGGCCAUCAUCAGAAAAUUUGCUUUCUAAAAAUUUGUUUCGAGUCGGAAGCGAGCCCCUACUGAACAGCCAUCUUAUUUAGUAUCAAAAUCAAUUACAAUUAAUUAGUUACUAAAAAAAAAAAAGUGGUUUCAAAAAUAAUCAUUAUGAAAUGUAUAAUUUAUCCUAUGUAAAUUUGUCUUCGAAGGAAGGUAGCCUAUGUUACCCCACUACCAAAAAGUAUGUACUAUUAUUAUUGUAUGCAGUUAAAUAAAAAUUAUU